UAUCAUUUUGGGUGUUGUUUGAGCUUGAUAAGAUGAGCUCCGGCCGGCCAAGGAUCCCUGGAGUCCCGGCGAGUGGCCGGAGGGAUCGAGACGAAGAUUUACUAUUGUUCAAAGAGAUGUUCAAAAGGGAGCGAGAACGUACUGUGAGUCUUCUUCAACCUGUUUCUGAUGAGUUUGAGCCUUCACAAGCUGGAAAUCUUCACUUAUACAAAAUUCCUUCAAGUAAAAAAGGAGCUGACACAGAAGAGAAAAAUGAUUAUGAUUGGUUAAAAACACCACCGGCAACCCCUCUAUUUCCAUCACUAGAGUUGGAGGCUAAUGAAAACUUGGCAAACAUGGUUGUUCAUAAGGAACUCCCCAUCCUUCAACCCAUCAAACCUUCAAGGUUUUCAAGCAAGAAUGAAGUAAUAAAACCAACUCAGCGAUCAAAAUCACCGAGUUCUAGUUCCGUGUCAUCUUCCCGCUCAGUGACACCAAGAUUAAGGCCUAACUCGAUGGCUAAUGGAAAGAAGAUGACGAUGACAAUGACGAUACCGAUACCGAUGCCGAUGCCGAUGCCGAUGCCGAUGAAUUCAACAUCUUCUACUCAUAAUAUCAACCAAUCAAGAACUAAUAAAUCCAUAAAUUCCUCUUCUAUUCCUUCCACCCCAAUGAACAUCAAAGAAGUUCCUACUACUAAGUCUCGGUGUGCUACAACACUUCCAGAAAAAAUAAAAGUGAAACAAAGCAUGAAUAGAAGGUUAUCAUGCUCACCGAAAAUGAUAAGAGGAAUCACAAAUGAAUAUGACGAAGCCAAUGUGAAAGUUCGGAAAAUGAGUGUUUCUGAAAAGAAUAAUAAUGUCUUGGCGGUAGUUGAAAGUAAAAUGGUUGAUAGGGGUAAAUCCAUAAAUUCCCCAUCUAUUCCUUCCACCCCAAUGAACAUCAAAGAAGUUCCUACUGAGUCUUGGCAUACUACAACACUUGCAGGAAAAACAAAGGUGAAACAAAACAUGAAUAGAAGAUUAUCAUGCUCACCAAAAAUGAUAAGAGGAAUCAAGAGUGAGUCUAAUGAAAAUAAUAUGGAAUUUUGGAAAAUAAGUAUUCAAGAAAAGAACAAUAAUGGCUCAAUGGUAGUUGGGAGUAAAAUGGUUGAUAGGAUGUUGAAUGCAAGAAGGAUCACAGAUUUAAAUGGUGAGAAGAAAACAAUGAUCAAGGCUCAAGAUGAUGUCAAAUUUGGGAGGAUCAAAGCGGAGGCUUCACUUGAUAAAACUUUCGAAAAUUUGGAUGAGAAGAGAAGUCAAGGAAUGAGGAGCUGCAAUUUGGUUGAGGCUAGAACAACAAAGCAUAGAUUCAAUGUUGAAAACAGGACUCAAUUGUUAAAGAAAAAAGUUGAUGAUAAGAGGAAUAAAUUUGUGAUGAGUUGA